UACUGGAUACUCAUGCGAGAUCGUUACCCACGCCUUAGCAGGCUUGCGCUAGACGUGCUCUCGAUACCAGCGUCAAGCUGCGAGUGUGAGCGCAUGUUCAGUGAGCUUGGGGAUCUACUAGAGCCUCGCCGACGAGGCAUGCAACCGCAGCUUUUGGCGGCGAUACAGUGCGUACGACGGUGGCGUAAAGCUAGUUUA